GGACAGACCCGGACGGCGGGAGUGCCAGCCUAAGCUUGCGCCGCACAAGUGGCAGAGGUGGCUCUUGCCCGUGGUCCCGUUCAUUUGUGCGCGACUUUGGCACCAUGGAGGGGACCCAAGAAGCUCUGAGUGGGAAAAUGCGGCUCCUUUUCACCCCUGCUGCUCGGACCAGCCUUAUGAUGCUUAGGCUCAACGAAGCGGCGCUACGGGCACUGCAAGAGUGUCAGCAGCAACAGGUACGGCCUGUGAUCGCUUUCCAAGGCCACCGAGGGUAUCUAAGGCUUCCAGGCCCUGGAUGGUCCUGCCUCUUCUCCUUCAUAGUAUCCCAGUGUGGCCAAGAGGGCACUAGUGGCGGCUUGGAACUUGUGUACCAACGUUUAGGCAGAUCUGGGCCUAACUGUCUCCACUGCCUGGGCUCACUGAGAGAGCGACUCACUAUCUGGGCAGCCAUGGAUACUGUCCCAGCCCCACUGUUAGCGCAUGAACACCUGACUGAAGAUCCCAGAGAGUCCGAGAGUUGGCGGGACACUGGAGAUGCUCCUGAAGGUCAUCCCCAGAUGGCACUAGAAGAGGUAUCUGACCCACUGGCAAGCAACCAUGAACAGUCACUCCCGGGAUCCUCCAGUGAGCACAUGGCACAGUGGGAAGUGAGGAACCACACCUAUCUUCCAAACAGAGAGCCAGAUCAACCACUGCCUUCUCCUGCCAACCUGAAACGCCUGGACAAGAAACGUUCAGCGCCAAUAACCACGGAAGAACCAGAGGAAAAGAGGCUCAGAGCUUUGCCUCCUGCCCCAAGUCCACAAGGGCUAUCAAAUCAGGACUCCCAAGAGGGAGGAAACUGGGUGCAAGAUGAAGAUGGAGAUGGAGAUUCCAGGCUGGAGCAGAGUCUCUUGGACCAAGCAGCCUCUGAAUCCCCAAGCCCCGAGGAGGUACCAGAUUAUUUCCUGCAAUACGGAGCCAUCCACAGCACAGAGCAGCAACAGGCCUACGAGCAGGACUUUGAGACAGACUAUGCUGAAUACCGGAUCCUGCAUGCCCGUGUUGGGGCUGCCAGCCAAAGGUUCACAGAGCUGGGGGCGGAGAUCAAGAGACUUGAGCGAGGAACUCCAGAACACAAGGUGCUAGAAGAUAAAAUAGUCCAGGAGUAUAGAAAGUUCAGAAAGCGGUAUCCAAGCUACCGAGAGGAGAAGCAUCGCUGUGAGUACCUGCAUCAGAAAUUGUCCCACAUUAAAGGUCUCAUCCUGGAGUUUGAGGAAAAGAACAGGGGCAGCUGAGACCAUGCGGAGGGCUUUCGAGCCUGUGCCAGUAAUGAACAGAACAGCUCUAAGACGGAGCCCAUCUGCUUUUCUGAUUUGACCCUUCCAUCCAAGGGGGCAAGUAGAGUUAUGCUAGGUUCUUGCAGUUUGGUUUUUGUUAUUGCUGUUAAUUUUGUAGGGUGUGGGCAUGGAGUCAAGUCUCCUCAGCUGUGCCCAGGAGACCAAAAGUAGCAGACGCUUGGCUUCCUCAACUCUACUUCAGCUAAGUCAUUUUCAGAUCCUGAAAAAUGACAUUUCCAGAUCAACACACAAGACAAGUGAGUUUAGCUAAGUGGCCUCGCAGGAGGAAAAUGAGAACUUCUGGUGUCAUAGCAUACCUAGAUGUAAGGGAAAGGGCUUAGCAUUACUCAUGCACUGUAACAUGGCUGAAAAAUGAAACCAAAUUGCUUCUG